CGGAAGCAGUUACUUUUUUGAUACACUGGAAAUGUGUUUGUUGUAUCUUAGUGUUUUUAUUAGUUUUGUACUGUUCUCUUAUGAAUUGGAGUACACAAACAACGAGACCAAUAGCCCAGGCCAGUGGUUUGAACAACUGAAUGAAGAGCUGAAAGAACUGAACCAUGCGGCAGCAGAAUACGCCUGGGAAUCGAGCACAUUGCCAACGCAAACAUCAACAGUGGAGAAAAUAAUUCAACUGACGGUGCAAAAAUCCCACUGGACGAAAGCAAUAUGCAGCAGGGGGACGCAAUACGGAGAUUUGAAUGCUAGCUUCAGCAGGGCACUCUAUCUUCUCUGUCAGUCGCCAAGAAACAGCGACGAGGAAAUAAGAGAAAUCACUCGAUUAUUAGGCUUUAUGCAAGGAAUCUAUACUGGAACACAAGUUUGUUUGGAGGAUGACCGCAGUUCUCAGGAUAGUCGGCGGUCUCUGGAGAGUGUAACCUAUUUAAAAUACAACGAUUCUGGAGAUCCUGUUUCAAAUGGAGUAACUUGUCUGUAUGGUGAACCAGAUUUAGAGAAAAUUAUGGCUAAUGAGAUAAUCACAGAACCGAACCAACCCAAAAGUUGUUCCCUAGAUGAGGAACGAGUUUUACGAUGGGUAUGGAAUUCCUGGAGACUAGCUGUGGGACCCCCGAUGAAACAUUCUUUUAAACAAUUGAUCGAUCUAAUGAACGACGGAGCUCGCAGAGCAGGCUUCCAGGACAUUGGUGCAGCAUGGCGAGCGGAACUGGAAAUUCCAAAUCUUCGCGCCCUGGUUCACCAACUUUGGUUGGAUGUGAAACCACUCUACCAUAAACUACACGCUGUGCUAAGAUACUUCCUGAAGAACUGUUAUGCCGAGUUGGCAAGUUUCCAUCGCGAUGGAUUAAUACCGGCGCAUUUGGUCGGAGAUAUGUGGAGUCAGAAUUGGGAAAAGCACGUGGCAUCGAUUCUUCCGCAUGAGGUUAACAUCGAGAGGAACUUUAGGGCAGCCAACUGGACCAGUGAACAUUUGGCUAAACGGGCGGAAGAUUUCUACUCUUCCAUGGGAUUGCCGAUGAUGAGCAAAAAUUUUUGGGAGCGAAGUGUAUUCGGGCGAGUCGGAAAUGUUACUAAGUGCCACGGAUCGGCCGGUAACAUGUUCGAUGAGGAUGAUUACAGGAUGAUCACAUGUGCAGGAAACACGAUGAGCGAUUUCUAUGUAAUUGUCCACGAGAUGGGCCACAUUAUAUACUACAUGUUGGCAUCUACACAGCCCACUGUUUUCCAGGAUGGUACGAACUCGGCAUUCCACGAAAGCGUUGGUGAUACAAUCCAUUUGGCUGCCCUGAAUCCUCUGCAUCUUGUUAGACUUGGCCUGUUGGACUCGAAGUACCUACAACCCGAGGCUGCCGACGGCCUGAACUCAUUUGACUACGCUCUUCUGCUGAAGACUGCACUCAUCAAAAUCCCCGCCAUCCCGUUUUCCUACGUCAUGGACCGCUACCGUUGGGAUUUGUUUGAUGAAACUAUCGAUUUCGACACCGAAGCCAAUAGUUAUUUCUGGCAGCUUCUGGAGCAAGAGCAAGGAAUCCGGUCACCCUCCGAAAUAGAUCGAACGAAUCUGUUUGACGUGGCUUCGAAAUACCAUUUCUCGGAUAAUACCCCCUACGUUAGAUACUUUUUGGCAAACUUCCUAAGCUUCCAAAUUCUGGAAGGUCUUUGCAAGAAGUCCAUCUUCGGAACGCUUGAGAACCCGAACGAACUACCGAUGCCACUGCACAGGUGUGAUUUGUACGGAUCGAAACGGGCCGGUCGGCUGUUGAAGAAAGCUUUAGCACUGGGUGGAUCCCAGCAUUGGUCAGUGGUGCUGAAAAUUUUGACCGGAUCAGAAAACAUAUCGUCUGCAGCUAUGUUGAAUUAUUUCGAACCCAUAGUGGCGCUGUUGGAUCGGAUGAUACACGACGCCAAAAUUCCGGUAGGAUGGUAGAACUCGAUUUGAAGAUGUGAUGUCAUGUAAUAAAGUAUUGAAGCCUGAAGUAGUUGCUGUCAUCUCUUGGUAUAAACACUCGAACAGUAUUAUUGCUGGGACUUACAAAUGUUAAUAAAAUAGAUACCUCUCAA